AUGGGGACCCCGCGAAGAGAAUCUGUACUCCUCGUCAGUCGUGGUCGUCAAUCACCUGUUUCAGCCUUCUGUUCUCUGAGCAAUGCAAGCCUUCGCAUUAGCUCUACCUCCAUCAGGUAUCAUUGCGUCAAGACAUCUUCUCCGUUGGGAAGAGUACUUGAUUCUAGGCGCUCUUUCUCGCUAUACCGUCCUUCGCUGGGUCUCUGCGACCAAUUGAUGCGGCAAAGUGUAGCAAGUGAACAUCAACUUCAAAGUGAAAAGUGUUCUAGAGAACACGGUUUUCCCCUUAUGAACCACCAGCGAAAUUACUCCAACUCCUCAACACCCGGAGCUAGCGCAUCUGCAAGCGUACCUAGUGUGUCGCCAUGUCGCGCGUUUAUUGCUUUGGGAAGCAAUAUGGGCGACCGCAUUGCUGCAAUCGAGGAAGCCUGUCGGGAAAUGGAAGCUCGUGGCAUCAAAAUCAUACGAACCAGUAACCUCUUCGAGACAGCCCCUAUGUAUGUCACAGAUCAAGAGUCGUUUUUCAACGGUGUCUGCGAGAUUGAGACCGCACUGGGUCCUAUGGCCUUACUAAACACGCUCCAGUCAAUUGAGACUGGUAUGGGAAGACGCAAAAUUAUAGACAAGGGACCCCGUAACAUAGAUCUCGAUAUCUUGUUGUACAAUAAUUUGAAAUUCUCUAGGCCCCGAUUGGACAUACCUCACAAACUCAUGUUAGAGCGGGAAUUUGUCUUGCGGCCACUGUGCCAGCUAAUACCUGGAGAAUCCCCUCCCCUUUCAGACAAAGCUCGCCCAUAUCAAUCGUAUCUUGACUCUCUUCCCCCUUCAAAUCCCGCCCCGGUUGCCGUAACCCCGCUAUCCCCACAAUUACCACCCCUCUGCGCUUCCGACCCCAAACGCAAAACACACCUUAUGGCCACCCUGAAUGUAACUCCAGACUCCUUCUCCGAUGGUGGAGAACACUCUCCCACAGACCUCGCAUCCCUCACUGAGACCAUCCGCAAGUUCAUCCGUGAUGGCGCUAGUAUAAUCGAUGUAGGCGGCGAGAGCACCCGCCCCGACUGCGACCCUGUAACCGAAGAAGUGGAACUCUCUCGAGUUCUUCCUGCUAUAAGACUUAUCCGUUCCCUCCCCGAAGCCAACAGCGUCGCCAUUAGCAUCGACACGUACCGUGCUGCAGUCGCGGAGGCGGCGGUUAAUGCAGGAGCAGAUAUCAUCAAUGAUGUGUCUGGGGGCUCCCUGGACCCUAACAUGCCUGCUACUAUGGCGAAACUUCAGAAAACGGUGAUUCUUAUGCACAUGCGCGGCACGCCACAGACAAUGAUGAAACUUACCGACUAUAGCGCAUAUAAGCCUGGUCAUGGUAGUGGCACUGGCACGGGCAGCGGGGUCGUUGACGGCGUUGCCAAUGAACUGAUGGAGCGAAUAAGAGUUGUGGAGAACGCCGGUGUGCGGCGGUGGCGGAUCAUUCUGGACCCUGGAAUUGGCUUUGCGAAGGUCAAAGAGCAGAAUCUAGAGCUGCUGAGGAAUCUCCAGUCGCUACGGGAGAGAUUUGACGGAUUACGUUAUUUGCCGUGGUUGUUGGGCACGAGCCGGAAAGCGUUUAUCGGGCGCGUCACGGGUGUUAAGAAGCCGAGCGAGAGACUUUGGGGUACAGCGGCGACUGUCACUGCUUCAAUUGCAGGUGGGGCGGACAUCGUGAGGGUUCAUGAUACUGAUGAAAUGAGCCAGGUGGUGAAAAUGGCGGAUGCAAUUUAUAGGAAUGGUGAUUGA